AAUUGAAUUCAAUUGAAUUGAAUUGAAUCUUCCGCGACAAUAGCUAGAAAUGUCCAUGUCCUUGUGAAAUGGCAGCUGCAGCAGAGGGAAUCGAUGGCGUCUACUCCGUGCGCCUGGUGGUCGCGGAUUUCUACAUGGAGAAGCCGCAGUUCGGCCUGGAUCCCUGCUACUCGGAGCUGCGCGGCAAGGAGAUCAAACGGGUGCCAGUGAUUCGAGUUUUUGGCGGCAACUCCAGGGGCCAGAAGACCUGUAUGCAUGUGCACGGCGUGUUCCCGUAUUUCUACAUUCCGUUCGACAGGCGCGACUUUGAAUCCCUGGAGCGGGGCAUCCUGCAGAUAGCCAUGCACCUGGACAAGGCCAUCAACAUAUCCCUGGGCCAGGCCAGUUCGAAUGCUCAGCAUGUGUUCAAAAUCCAGCUGGUCAAGGGCAUACCAUUCUAUGGCUACCAUCGCGCGGAGCACCAGUUCCUCAAGAUCUACAUGUUCAAUCCGCGCUUUGUGCGCCGCGCCGCCAAUCUUCUCCAGAGCGGCGCCAUCCUGAGCAAGAACUUCAGUCCGCACGAGUCGCAUGUUCCCUACAUCCUGCAGUUCAUGAUCGACUACAACUUGUACGGGAUGAGCAACCUCCAUGUGCCGCUGGAGGUGCUCAAGUUUCGGCGCAGCCACGAGGAUGAGGUAAUCCCCUAUGCGAACGUGAAGCCCGCCCAGCUGCUGGACACCGUGAGCGUGAAAAAGGUGGCCUGCAGUGCCUUGGAGGUGGAUGUCAGCUCCAACUUUAUUCUGAAUCGCUUCCAGCUGGUGGCCAAGAGCAAGGGCAGCCACACCAAUCCGGGCAUCGAGGCCAUCUGGAAUGAUGAGAGCCUGCGUCGUCGGAAACUGGUCGAAAAACACACAGCUGCUGGUGACGAGGAGAUGGUUCAAGCGGUUCCAGUUUUAAAGUUACCGCCUACACAAGAACGCCCCCGGAUAGAGAUUGCCGAGAGCGAUGUCUUCUACCGCACCGCCCUGGAAAGCAAGUUGAUGACUCUGGAGCAGUCCACACUGUCCGACCAAACGCUGUCGGAUCAGACGGCAUUGGCGGUCAAUGCCACCAUGCAGACCACUUUGCCCGGUUCCAAAGAGCAGAGGCGCACUUUCAACCUUCAAAAACUGCUGGCCAAUGCGGUCUAUCCCGAGGAAUGCUCACAGGAUCAGCAGCAACUGCUGGUUAAUGCCUCCUUCAUACAAAACCAUGUGACCUGCAGCAACAGCAGCAAUGUCAGUCUACCAGUGGCAAACGAUGAGUCCGAAUUCAUGGACGAAACGAUGGUGGACGAGGAGCUAAUCCUGAGCCUCACACAGCCGCAUGGAACAGUGCCCCACGAUGCCACCUUGCGGGAGGAGGACCUGGAACUUUUGGAUGCGUUGCAGCUGCUGGAGGAGCAGAACGACAGCGAAUCGCAUGUGGAUUUGGACAGCUCCUUGGCCCCCUUGUCGCAGAACCACAAAAUGUACGAACUGACCCCGGAGCUGUUGGAUAAAGAAACAGCAGCUGCUGCUGCUGCUGCAGGAUCUCAUGCGAUCGCCGACGAGGAUGGUGAGUCCGAUGAGGAUGCGGAGCAGGGAACCCGACAUGACUUUUCCACCGCCCUCGACGACAUCAACGAACUACUACUCAAACUAACCCAAAGUCAGCCUGAGCCUGUGGAGUCCAAAAAUCAAGAUCCCUCAACGCAAUUGCCGCAAAUCGAUGGCGCUGAUGAUGGCUUGCAGAGGACACCCAAAAAAAAAACCAGCUCCAAGUUGAAUUCAAGUCCUCCAAAGACACCCACCACGCCGAGAGGUCAGGCAAGCCUGCUGAGGUCGCCCCGCACACCGAAAACCAGUGCGGCCAAGAAAUAUGCCCCACUGCCUCUGACAAUUGGAAGCAGCUCGGCAAAAAAAAACAACGAGGAAACCACAGGAAAAGCCUUUAAUUCCCGCCUCAGUUUGCAGCUUGAUCAAGGAACACAAGUGCGAACGACGAAAUCACCUGGGCCAGAGCUGUCGCUUCGCAGGAAACUGGCCAUGACGGAACUGCGACGAAAAAGUGUCGAGGAAUCAAACAGUUUCGUCCGUUUGAAGAACGAUUGUACACCACUUCGCAGUACCAGGCGAUCGAAACGCAAUCUGGACAAAACACACGUGACUUGCUCACUGACGCUGAGGGAUAGAAAUCCCAGUUUCUCCGACAUGUUUGAAACAGCGGAUGGCGAGCGAAUACCAGAGGAAAGUAUUCGUGACCAAACUGAGGAUAGUCCUGGGAUUAAGGAACGUAAGGAACCAAAAGUCAGUAAAAAAAAACCACGAAGCUCAGAAGGAAACUCUUUGGAUGGAGAAAAACCAAGGCGAAGUCUGCGUCAUCAGAAGAACUUGAUUAAUCCAGAUGAGUAUUUCACAGAAAUAGAAAAAACAAAGCCCAGUGCAAACACCGCACGUCGAACUCAAAUACAUAAAAAACCCAGACUUGGAAGUAACUUAGAGGAUGUAAAUGUUAUAUGCACGAAAAGUUUCGAACAAAAUAAUGGAACACAUAAAAUAAACCCGGUGGAGAAAUCAUUAGAUAAUUUGAAUACAAGAGAUGCAGUGAAAAGUCCCAAACAGAAGCAUGAAAUAGUUACUCAACAGUCAAAAGAAGUUGUUGAAAAAAACUCAGAUGAAAUUAACAAUUUAAAAUCAAUUGAGUGCUCCGUCUCUAAGUCGGAAACUUAUGGGAACAGUCAUGAAGAAGAUGUACAAAAUGAACUAUUUCCACAGAAACCGGAUGCUUCCCACUCCGGAGAUCCGGCCAAUCCCAUUGAGACACGCCAAUUAGCUUCAAGCGAUGAUGAGGCCAUUGAAUCGGAUACAGAGAGCGAUAAUAGAGUCACCAAGCUACGCAAAACACCCAAUUUGAGGAGACUUCGCAGGAGCUUUCGUUCGGAGCUUCUAAGCCAGCAGGUGACUCCAAGUUCAGGCAGAGCACAGCCUGACUCUCACACAACUCCAGAGAUAAGUCCGAGGAGCAAUGAGAACCACACUCCCGAGCUAAUGAGAAGUUUCUACGAGCACUCGCUGAUUGUUAACAGUCCGUCGGUCUUUAGUGACAUCUUGGGUAGUCCCAGUCCCAUGGUGUCGUCUAUGUCCAACUGCUUUGUGAUUUCUCCCUUGGAGCUGCCCCCGUCGUACGAUGAAGUGGUUCGUGGUUGUGGCAAGUUGGACAUACCGGAGUACGAGUUCCAGAAACCCUUCUACAGCAAACCCGCCGACGUGAGCAAGGUGACGGAGGUGGGCUUCCUGGUGCUUCACAUUCCGGGCAACAAGCUCAACGACUGCGAGCCCUUCCAAAGUGUCCUGGGCAACGACCGUGGGCUGGCCUCCUGGCGACGCCAGCAACUGAUAGCUAUCGGUGGCCCGGCCAUGUUGCAGCGACAUCGCGGGGAACAGAGGAUGCGGGAGUACUUCGGCAGUGGGCAGAAAGUGGCCAUCGAACCUGUCCAGCUAGCACCCACCCGGCAAGAGGCCAAGGUCUGGCUGAAGGCCAAGGAGCUGCUUCGCCAGCGAGAGGAACCAGCGAGGCCAUCAGACGACAUCGACAGUCCCAUCAAAAUCAAGCGCCAAAAGAUCACCAUGAUGCUGCAGCCAGAGGCAGGCGAUGCUGCCAGUGGCGACGAGGACGCUGGCGAGGACUUCAAUUGCAGCCUGAGCCUUACACCCCUGUCCCAAGCCAAGGGUAAGGCCAAGGACACCCCAAUAAGUGGCAAAGCAAAGGGAGUGUCGAGAAAUCGCCUUCAACGAGGGACCAAGCUGAACUUCAAGGAAUGCCAGGAGGACGAGGAGGAGGAGGAGGAGGAGAAGCCAGCCAGCACGCAGUCCAGCGAGCAGAGCGUCUCCAGUAGUGCUGCCCAGGCGGCGCUGGAGCGGAGCUCCUUCCUGCGCCAGUUGGAGGGCAGUAGCCAGGAGGUGCUGCAGCACGACCUCAGCUUCGGACUGAGUCACGCCACCCUGGACAACACGUUCGGGUUCAAGGUCAACCUGGAGAACCUGCAGCAGGCCAAGGCCGACAUCGAAUGCAACCACCUGACCAUUUUCACACUGGAGGUCUUUGUGUCCACGCGCGGCGAACUGCAACCAGAUCCCAUGCACGACGAGAUCCGCUGUUUGUUCUACGCCAUCGAGCAUAGUUUGCCGGACGAAGGUCUUCCGAGCAAGGCCUGUGGCUAUAUCAUGGUCAACAAUGGUCAGGAUUUGCUCAGUGAGGGGCGUAUCCAUGGCCUGGAUCGGGACAUCGAAGUGCAUGUGGUGGCCAGCGAAUCGGAGGCGUUCGAGGCACUGCUGGCCUUGUGUGGACGCUGGGAUGCGGAUAUCUAUGCCGGUUACGAGAUCGAGAUGUCCUCGUGGGGCUAUGUGAUCGACCGGGCGAAGCAUCUGUGCUUCAACAUCUCACCUUUGCUGUCGCGAGUGCCCACGCAGAAGGUGCGCGAUUUUGUGGACGAGGAUCGGGAGCAGUUCACCGACCUGGAUGUGGAGAUGAAACUCUGCGGCCGCAUCCUGCUGGACGUGUGGCGUCUGAUGCGUUCCGAGAUCGCCUUGACGUCGUACACAUUCGAGAACGUGAUGUACCACAUCCUGCACAAGAGAUGUCCCUGGCACUCUGCCCAGACGCUCAGCGAAUGGUUCUCCUCGCCCUGCACUCGCUGGAUAGUGCUGGAAUACUAUUUGGAGCGGGUGCGGGGCACCUUGGCGCUGUUGGAUCAGCUCGACCUACUGGGACGGACCAGCGAAAUGGCCAAGCUCAUCGGCAUCCAGUUCUACGAGGUGUUGUCGCGCGGAUCGCAGUUUCGUGUGGAGAGCAUGAUGCUAAGAAUCGCCAAGCCAAAGAACCUGGUGCCACUCUCGCCCAGCGUCCAGGCUCGAGCUCAUAUGCGGGCACCCGAGUAUCUGGCUCUGAUCAUGGAACCGCAUUCGCGCUUCUACGCCGAUCCGCUCAUCGUGCUCGACUUCCAGAGCUUGUACCCCAGCAUGAUCAUCGCCUACAACUACUGCUUCUCCACGUGCCUGGGUAGAGUGGAGCACCUGGGCGCGAGCUCGCCGUUCGAGUUCGGUGCCUCGCAGCUGCGGGUUUCCAGACAGAUGCUGCAGAAGCUGCUGGAGCACGACCUGGUCACCGUCUCGCCGUGCGGCGUGGUGUUCGUGAAGCGCGAGGUGCGCGAGGGCAUCCUGCCGCGCAUGCUCACCGAGAUUCUGGACACGCGCCAAAUGGUCAAGCAGUCGAUGAAGCUGCACAAGGACAGCUCCGCCCUGCAAAGGAUUCUCCACUCCAGGCAAUUGGGUCUCAAGCUGAUGGCCAAUGUCACCUACGGCUACACGGCAGCCAACUUCAGUGGCCGGAUGCCUGCGGUGGAGGUGGGUGACUCGGUGGUGUCCAAAGGCCGGGAGACUCUGGAGCGGGCCAUCAAGCUGGUGGAGGCCAAUGAGGAGUGGAAGGUGCGCGUCGUCUAUGGCGACACGGACUCCAUGUUCGUUCUUGUGCCCGGUCGCAACCGAGCCGAGGCCUUUCGCAUUGGCGAGGAGAUCGCCCAGGCCGUCACCGAGAUGAAUCCUCAGCCGGUGAAGCUGAAGCUGGAGAAAGUCUACCAGCCGUGCCUGCUGCAGACCAAGAAACGCUAUGUGGGCUACAUGUACGAGACGGCCGACCAGGCGGAGCCCGUCUACGAGGCCAAGGGCAUUGAGACAGUGCGUCGCGACGGCUGUCCGGCGGUGGCCAAGAUGCUGGAGAAGGUGCUGCGCCUGCUGUUCGAGACGCAGGACGUGAGCAGGAUCAAGCAGUACGUGUGCCGACAGUUCACCAAGCUGCUCUCGGGCAAGGCCAAUCUGCAGGACCUGAUCUUCGCCAAGGAGUUCCGCGGUCUCAACGGCUACAAGCCCACGGCCUGUGUGCCAGCACUGGAACUCACUCGAAAAUGGAUGCAGAAGGAUCCGCGACAUGUGCCGCGUCGCGGUGAGCGGGUGCCCUUUAUAAUUGUCAAUGGGCCGCCGGGCAUGCAGCUCAUUCGCCUGGUCCGCAGCCCCCACGACAUUCUGGCCAACGAGGGCCACAAGAUCAACGCCAUCUACUACAUCACCAAGGCGAUUAUACCGCCGCUGAACCGCUGCCUGCUGCUGAUCGGAGCCAAUGUGCACGACUGGUUUGCCAGUCUGCCGCGCAAGUUGCUGAUGACGCCGGCUGUGGGAACGGCCAACGAGUUGGCCGGCGCACGAGUGGCCAAGUCCACCAUUUCGCAGUACUUCUCCACCACCAGCUGUGUCAUCGAUUGUGGCCGCCAAACCAAGGCGGGCAUUUGUCCCGAGUGCCUCAGGGAUGCCACCAAAUGUGUGGCAAUGCUCUCGGAUAAGACCGCUCGUUUGGAGAGGGGCUACCAGCUCACCCGACAGAUAUGCCAGGCAUGUUGCGGUCGACUGGGUAGCCUCCAGUGCGACUCACUUGACUGCCCAGUUCGUUAUGUUCUGGAGGGAAGACGAAGGGAGCUCCAGCAAAUCGAACACUUUCAGAAGCUGCUGGAGAUUCACUUUUAGUAGAAAUUCUCAUUCAUAGUGGGUGUAUAUAUAUUUCAACUUUCUGCUCGCUUACAAAAGUUAAAAUUCCAUUCAUUGCUUGAGCCAGUGAUUCUAAACAUGUAUAUAGCUUAGACACUACUUUUGCAAUUGGGUGAAUCUGUUGCCUGUUUAAUACUAGAGGAAUUGUUAACUAUUAAUAUUGUUUAAACUUAUUGUGUUGUGAUUGUUUUGUGAGCGAUGAGCAUGCAGCCAAUAAAUGAAUGUUUACAUAAAA